UGACUGACAGCAGUAGUUAGCUGACGUUUUAAUAUUUUGACUAAUUACCAUAUAUUCAAUUUUCACCGGAGUGUUUUCCAGUUUUGUGCUAGUAAAAAACUAAGUAAUAUUCGUGAAAUUAUUAGUUUUCCAGCCCGGUUGAUCUGGCAAAAAGUGAAAAAGAACUCAAUCAUUGUUUAGUGAUGAUAAUAUUGUAUAAUUCUCCUGAACAAAACCAUUACCUGGCGUAUUGAUAAGACCAUUCAUUUUGAAGAUAGUUGAUAAAAUAUCAUUGAACCAUGGGCCUUACUAUAUCUGCCGUAUUCAACAGACUGUUUAGUAAAAAACCUAUGCGAAUUUUGAUGGUUGGAUUAGAUGCAGCUGGCAAAACUACAAUUUUAUACAAACUUAAGCUAGGUGAAAUAGUAACCACCAUUCCCACGAUAGGUUUCAAUGUGGAAACCGUAGAGUAUAAAAAUAUUUCAUUCACAGUAUGGGAUGUAGGUGGUCAAACGAAAAUAAGAAAGUUAUGGAGGCACUAUUUUUCAAAUACUGAUGGUCUAAUAUUUGUGGUAGACUCUAAUGAUAGAGACCGUAUUGCAGAAGCAGAACAAGAAUUGCACAAUAUGCUUGGAGAAGAAGACUUGAGAGAUUCCAUUUUAUUGAUUUUUGCCAACAAACAGGAUCUACCAAAUUCCAUGUCCACUGCAGAACUGACCGACAAGCUCAAACUGAAUACUUUGCGAAAUCGUAGGUGGUUCAUUCAGGCUACAUGUGCUACACAAGGGAAUGGAUUGUAUGAAGGACUUGAUUGGUUGUCAAAUGAAUUAGCAAAAUGAUGAUAUUUUCAUAAUAUACUCCGUAAUUAUUUAUGUGCAUAUCUAUUCAUUAUUUCUAUGUGCUUCACUAUUAAAUUUCAAGUGUAUCCAUGAAUAUCAGUUUGGAUAGUCUGUUCAGAUAAUUACUUUCCUUUGUAUUUCACAUUUAUAUCAAUUCAGAUUACUGUGUAAAAAAUAAUAAAUAACAAAAUAGAAUAAUUUUGGGUCAAAGUCA